AUUCCGCAGCACCCCCUCUCACAACCCCAAAUUCACCAAAAACACCCCCUUCCCCCAAUAUAAAUCUCCCCUUCGCAUUAAAGUUUCAAGAUAUAACUUAAAAGAAAAAAGAACUUCCCACUUCUACUACUGUUAAAACAGAGUCCAGCAAUGGCUGCCUCUUUAUCCCUCUCUUUCCCCGACCAAAUAAGCCUCCUCGACAAGCUCCAGCUCUUCAGAGUUCAAGGCCGCGACAAGCGCGGCAACAAAGUGCUCCGCGUCAUCGGGAAAUACUUACCCGCUCGGAUGGUGAGCUGUGAAGCGGUGAAGAAGCAUUUGGAGGACUCUGUUUUCCCCAAGCUAGGCGAGAAGCCGUUCUCCGUAGUGUAUUUCCACGCCGGAGUUCAGCGGGGCGAGAAUUUCCCCGGAAUCUCUGCCCUCCGGUCGUUCUACGACGCCGUGCCGGACCCACUGAAGGAGAAUCUGCAGGCGGUGUACUUCGUGCAUCCGGGGCUCCAAGCCAGGAUCUUCCUCGGCACCUUCGGCCGCUUCAUUUUCACCGGCGGAUUGUACGGGAAGGUGAAGUACGUGAGCAGGCUGGAGUUCAUGUGGGAGUAUGUGAGGAAAGGGGAGAUGGAGGUGCCGGAGUUCGUCAAGGAUCACGAAGAAGAAUUGGAGUAUCGGCCGCUGACGACGCUGGAUUACGGCAUGGAGAGCGAUUUCCCCAGGCCGUACUGCGCCGGAGCGAACAUGGACAACCCCAUGGCUUUGUAUUCCAUGCGCUGCAUUUCCUAGUGUUCAUGUACGAAGGUCUAGAACGGCCAUUGUGUACAUAUAAAAAAAAAAAGUUUGGGUGUCAGGCAAAGAGGUUUGCUUGUAAGAAAAGUGUCGAGGCUUUUUCUGUAACUUAGAAC